GCCUAAGGCCUAAACACCCAUGGGGAUACAGGGUAAAGGGGGAACGCCACACGGACUCUGGCGAGGGAACACGUGUGCAUGCAACACGCACACAUUCUGGCCCCGCCUACGAGAUCCGCCGGGUGGUACCUCCGCGUUCGACAGUCAGAGACCGUCUACCACCUACGGACAAUCACAAGAUCCAUAGCCAAGAGAAAAAAUUCUCCUAGGACGGGAUUC